GUUUUUUAGCACAAUAUUCGGUUCCGUAAAACGGAUAUUUCCACGUACCUAUAUUGAAUCAAUAACAGUGAAGAAUUUGCUGCAAAAGUGCGUUGCAAAUUUGGUUUGAAAUCAGAUCAACUUGUUAGCUUUGUCUACGAAAAUGAUGGCGCAGAAGUUGAUGAAGUUGAUUUUGAAAUAAUAAAACAAUUAGCAGAAUCAAACACAAUUCUCAUUCUACUUAUAGAUGGUCAGCAGUGGACGAAUGCUAUUUCGGUACAUCAAUUUAAGUUACAAAUAAAGACUGCUACUGUGUAAAUUUUUUAAUAAACUUUUUUUCAUCAUAAAUACUUUAGCAUUAGCAUUUUCUAUGUUGCCUUCGUUGCAGCCAAAUCAAACUACAUUAACUUCCAGUAUUACGCUCUCAAAAUCUAGUGUUUCUGUUAACAACAGCCAUAUAAUGAAAGGUGCAAACGAGGCGUUUGUUUCAGCUAAUUUGAUUAAAGCCUUUCUUGCGCAACACCCUGUAAGUACAAUACUUAAAUAGUUUUUACAUACAUACAAGUUGUAUAUAUUUUUACGUAAUAAUUUUUUAGCAAUAAUUUUACUUGCUUUUUUAGCAAAAAUAGUUUUUUUCAAGGUUUUUUGUGUGUGUUUUUUUAAUGAAUAGCAAUAUCAUGUAUUACUUUAUUUAUUACUUUAUAUACUUGUCAAUAUACUGAAGAGAUUGAAUCUGGUAAAGUUUCAAUCUCUUGCAUCAUUCGAGUUGUUGUGCACAUCAUUUGAUCAACAUCAUUCAAUCAACAUCAUUCGAGUUGUUGUGCACAAAAUGAUGAGUGUGUAUGGUAAUUAUCCUGAUUGAUAUUAAAAGAUUUUAUUGGCAGCAGUGCUAAGUGAGGCACAUGUACUUCCAGCAUGCAUUUUUUAUGAUUCUACUAAUUAUCAUGGCUUCCUGAAGAGAGGAUUGGAAAAUGCUAGAAGAAAGUUACCUGGUGUUUAUUAAAAUUAGUUAAAUUAGUUGAAUAUAAAUUUAACUGUAGAUGCUGACGAACUUUUUUUUAUAUUAUCAACUUGCUUUGUAAUCUCCUUGUUGUGUGUUAUUGUGAUGUAAUUUCUCCACUGUAUGUCUUGAUUGCAAAUAAUUCAUUUUAGUUACUAAAAGUUUAUUUAAAUCAUUGCCUUAUUUUGUGUCAUACAAGCAGCUACAUUUACAAGCUAUAUUUUCUUUUGUAUACUUGGAUCAAAAAAAAUGUUUGUUUGGUCUCGUAAAAGGGGACACAACUCAACUUGUUGUGAUACAACUCAACUUGCAGUUACUGAACUAUCUCAACCAGUGGAUCAUGCAGUAGAACCUGAAGGGUGUCCCCGUGGUUUCAUGUUUUGCGCAUUAUGUUUAGGAAUGAGCAACCUCUAUGAAAUUGAAAAGCUUGAUUCACUAUCUUCUACACAUGUAGAAGAAAAAAAGGCUUCUACAAAGUCAACGUUUUGUUUUUGGCAGAAUUGGGUUCGUUCAACAGAUCAACCUUCAUUAUCCCGACUGAUAGUUAAAUUUCCAAAGUUCAGGAUUAUUCCAGAGCUGAUUGAUAUGGAAUUUCAAUUAAAAUAUUCAGACUGCAUGGUUGAUAUCCUCAAAACCUUUAAUCAGACUGUUGCAGACCCAGUAUUAAAAUAUGCUUCACUGUCAAAUAGUGAUUACAUCAAAGCUCUAGCUAUAAUGGCAUCUAAAAAACAUCAUGAUUGGAAAGCUUGUUAUGCAUGCAAGCUUUUGUGCUCGCUUCUGCGACAAGGGGGGAAACAGAAACGUUCUGCUCCAGAAGUAGCCAAUGAAAUCAUUCGGAUAUGCAGUGCUGAGCAUGAACUGCAAGAUGUUGCAGAAAAGUUGGAAUCCCCUUAUCCGGUAAUAUCAAUACAGGGGAUUGAGGGUGAAAAAAUUCUCUCUAUAAAGAUUGCAUUUGAAAAAACUUUGAUUAAAGCCGGCACAUCUAUCGUAAAAGGCAUCGAUCGUUUUUUCAAGAUUAUUUGGUGCUUUAACAUCGAAUACCAGCCAUCAACAAUCAUGUUCUGGCAGUUUAUGCAAGAUAUUUAUGGGCUGCAGUACGGUUCGUUGCCUAAUAGAGUGGUUGAGCUGCGAUCAACAGUCUCUAAAUAUGUUUUUACUUAAAUGUAUCAUUUAUUUAUCUUAAUAUACAUGAAGAUUUACAAUUUUGUUA